UUAAAUUUUAUGUUCCCCCUCCUCCUUCUCCUCCCUCCAAACGUGUUGUUUCAUUUGUGCAUGAAUUCAAUGGUAACAAGCCUGUGGUAUUUUCACGUGGAGGGGCGGGGGGCUGGCUUAACAUGAUAUUUGUGCCGAAUAAAUGGAAACGUUUUUAACACAAAUUGCGGGCUUUAACAAUAUUUAUUCUCGACAUAAAGCCCUGAAUAUGUUGCAUUAGUUGCUAACGAGGAGGCAAUAUGGAGGAAAGAGCAGCUAGCCGCAAACUGUGGGUCUCUGCGAGGCUUUUGUCGUGCUGUUUUCUUUAGCUAGCUAACAAAAAUGCCGCUAAACUGAGUAUGCCUCGAUUUAUUUCUGUACCACGACAGUUAAAUGUUAAAUAUAGCUUUAUUAUUAUUAUCACUGCAUCCCCACGUGAGACUGCACACGCUGUUAAACCGCCCACCUCCAGGUGUUGCAGACCUUCUUGGUUGUUGGAGCUGGAAGCACCAGGCACGGCCAUAAACACUUCACAGACAGACAGCCACCUCUGCAUUACCAACACAAAACACCUCAUCCACCUGCCGCAGAUAUCUUGGCGUUUAAGUUUAGCUUUAUUUGCUCAGUGUCAUGUUGUGUACCCCAGCGCAGACACACGUGUAAUAACACUCCCACCCCACUCCCCUCUUAAAGAAAAUAAAAGAUCCUAUGAGUUUACACCAUGUCAUAAGAUACAUGGGUCAUGGGCGAUGCAGAUUAGGCAUUGUUGUUAUAAUAGAAGUUAGUUGAGACAAAAUUAGAGUAUUGAUUGAAUCUUGAUGAAUCAAUCUGCUGACCAGCAAUCAAGCAAACAAAGGUAAAACUGCCUUUAUAUCUUAUUACAAACAUAAUAAUUUUUAAGUAUUUGGACUGUAAAGUGAACAGGACAGCAAUGUAAUAUUUUUCUGAAGUGCUUGGUGUUUUAUAACACCAUAGAUACAUCAGCUAAAACAGUAGACACACAUGAAAUAAGACAUGGAUUGCUGGUAAUCUGCAUUGCCUCUCAUUGUCACCCAUGAAUCUUUUCAACAACAAAUCCCAUUCUCCAAUGCUGUUUUCUCCUCUCUACCACAUUGAUUCCCACGUGCUUCCAUCAUGCAACAAUCUUGACGUUGACCAGGAACCUGCUGGUCUCCAGGUCUACCUGAUGAGCAUGAGCCUGACUACAGAACCCUCUAACGAUGGUCCCACUGUUACAGAAGAGAGCAAAAUGACUUUGGUCGAGAAGAAGGACAAGAAGGCAGAUGAUGUGGCUGAGGAAGAGGAGGAGGAGGAGGAGUAUGUGGUGGAAAAGGUCCUGAAUCGGCGAGUGGUGAAAGGGAGAGUCGAGUACCUUCUCAAGUGGAAAGGCUUCUCUGAUGAAGACAACACGUGGGAGCCAGAUGAUAACUUGGACUGUCCAGAUUUGAUUGCAGAAUUUCUGCAGUCCCAGAAAUCAGCACAUGAAGGAAAAAGAAAGGCAGCUGGAGAUGCGGAAGGAGAUGAGAGUAAAUCAAAGAAAAAAAAAGACGAUACAGAGAAGCUAAGGGGCUUUGCUCGGGGUUUGGACCCAGAGAGGAUUAUUGGUGCCACCGAUUCCACGGGAGAACUCAUGUUCCUCAUGAAAUGGAAAAACUCUGAUGAAGCCGACCUGGUGCCGGCGAAGGAGGCGAAUGUGAAAUGUCCGCAGGUUGUCAUAUCGUUCUAUGAAGAGAGACUCACUUGGCACUCAUAUCCCACUGAAGAUGAGAAAAAGGAGGACAAAAACUAACACAGGGUGAAAAGGCAAACAGAGUUUCAUCGUUCGUUCAACUGGAUUUUUGUGGGGUGGGCAGUGUGCAGCGGAGACAAGCAAGACACCAUCGGAGUCAUUCGAUGUACUUUCACUCAUUUGAUUCUACUUUUAUCUGGAUAUUAUCUAAAUGUAUAUAAGCUUCGGGUUUUCUCGACAACUCUUUCCAUUUGAAUGAAAAGAUAGUAUUACUUUACAGUAUCCAUUGCAGUUGUGGAGUCAACCGCCUAUUUCAACAUGAUUUUAACAUAACAAUGUUCCAGUGCUCGGUCAUCUUGCUAAGAUAUUGUAUCAGUGAGGUGAUGAUUUUAUUUCAUUAAUGUGCCAUUUUCUUAAUUCAUCAGUGCAUUUGAGGGCAAACUGUGCUCAACUUAGCUGUUUCCUUAAGACUUGUUUGGUGUACGGUUUUGAAGUCUCUUCAGUGAUUUCAUUUGUUCACUGGUUAUAUUUGUGGUGUUUUUCGUUGUGUCUUGCUUGUAUCUUUCUGAAAAUAAACCACUUUUUGUUA